CGCGCUCCUGCCCUGCCUCCCCGCGGUCUCUCCCCCCGCAGCCCGCACUCGCCUCCCGCCGGGGCCCCCCGCUCCCAGAGACCACCCCGCGCUCCGCCCGCCGGGCUGGGCGGCGGCUGCGAGGGUCGGCGGCAGCCCCCACACACGAGCGGCCUCCCCGGCCUGGGCCGGGACAGACGCGGCCCGUGGGUGCCCCGUCCUGCGGACGGGAUCGGGACAGACCCAUCUCCCUCCGGCUCGUGGGGCCGGGCGGGAGCGGCCGCGGUCCCGGUCCGGUUCGGGAGCCCCCAGAGCGGGGUCGCGGGCAGCCCGGACCCGCCGGAGCUCACAGACACGCUUGUGCACAGAAGAGGAAGCGGCGAGGGUAAAGUACUGGAUUUUUGUCAGAAAUUCUGCAAGAGUGACUAUCAGUAAAGAUGUCAUAUUUAAUGAAAGGAUUUAAAUGUCACAGUUCUGUGAUGUGCAAAGUAGCAGGAAGCCUGUGUAAAGCACACACGUUAAAGAACGCAUUUGGCAUCAAUGAACAAUUCAAAAUUUCACGUGCAUUGUCCCACCUGAGCUCUGAAAAGACAAAUUCUUAUAAUUACAUCAUUGUGGGAGCUGGAUCCGCAGGCUGUGUGCUGGCCAACAGGCUGACAGAAGACCCGCACAGCACCGUGCUGCUUUUGGAAGCAGGCCCUAAGGACACCCUGCUCGGCAGUACGAGGCUGCUGUGGAAGAUCCACAUGCCCGCUGCCUUAACGUACAACCUGUGCGAUGACAAAUACAACUGGUACUACCACACCACUCCGCAGCGGCACAUGGACAGCCGGGUGAUGUACUGGCCCCGGGGCAGGGUGUGGGGCGGCUCCUCCUCUCUCAAUGCCAUGGUCUACAUCCGCGGCCACGCCGAGGACUACAACCGCUGGAGCAGGGAGGGGGCUCUGGGCUGGGACUAUGAGCACUGCCUGCCCUACUUUAAGAAGGCACAGACGCACGAACUGGGGCCGGAUCGGUACAGAGGUGGGAGUGGCCCCCUGCAUGUGUCAAGAGGGAAAACAAACCAUCCUCUCCAUCGGGCGUUCCUGGAGGCUGCCCAGCAAGCCGGGUAUCCCUUCACUGAUGACAUGAAUGGCUACCAGCAGGAAGGCUUUGGCUGGAUGGACAUGACUAUACACCAAGGUCAAAGAUGGAGCACAGCUAGUGCUUAUCUUCGCCCAGCCAUAUCACGCCCAAAUUUCUCAGUUGCAGAGAAGACACUUGUAACAAAAAUCUUGUUCCAAGGAACAAAAUGCAUUGGUAUUGAGUAUGUGAAAAAUGGGCAAAGGAAAAAGGUUUUUGCCAAUAAGGAAGUUAUUUUAAGUGGAGGUGCCAUAAAUUCUCCCCAGCUGCUUAUGUUGUCUGGAAUUGGAAAUGCAGAUGAUCUAAAAAAGCUGGGGAUCCCUGUUGUUUGCCAUCUUCCUGGAGUAGGCCAGAACCUGCAAGAUCAUUUAGAAGUGUAUGUCCAGCAAAAGUGCACCAAACCUAUUACUCUGUAUAGUGCACAAAAGCCACUGAACAUGGUGAGGAUUGGUCUCGAAUGGCUUUGGAAAUUUACAGGUGAGGGAGCCACUGCCCACCUGGAAUCUGGUGGUUUCAUCCGGAGUGAACCAGGGGUUCCUCACCCCGACAUUCAGUUCCACUUUCUUCCUUCCCAGGUGAUUGACCAUGGCCGGGUUGCUUCCACAAUGGAAGCUUACCAGGUCCACGUGGGACCCAUGAGGAGCACAAGUGUGGGCUGGGUGAAGCUGAAGAGUUCAGACCCAAACGACCACCCCAUCAUCGAGCCCAACUACCUGUCAACAGAAAGAGAUAUUUGGGAAUUCCGCCAGUGUGUCAAGUUGACCAGAGAGAUCUUUGCUCAGAAAGCUUUUGAAAAAUUUCGCGGGCCUGAAAUUCAACCAGGAAAUCAUGUUCAGUCUGACAAAGAAAUAGAUGCUUUCAUAAGGCAAAAGGCUGAUAGUGCUUAUCAUCCUUCCUGCACCUGUAAAAUGGGUCAGCCUUCAGACAGCACCGCUGUAGUGGACCCCCAAACAAAAGUAAUUGGUGUUGAAAACUUGAGAGUAGUUGAUGCUUCAAUAAUGCCCAGUGUUGUCACUGGAAACUUGAAUGCCCCAACUAUCAUGAUAGCAGAGAAAGCUGCAGAUAUAAUUAAGGGCCUCCCAUCACUUCAGGAGAAAAAUGUUCCUGUAUAUAAGCCCAAGACCUUGGAAACACAGAGAUAAAUAAAUACUCUCAUCCUUUCAUAUCAUUUGCUAUUUAGGCUUUCAUCUGGAUGUUGGUAUCUUGUACUGAAUAUGCCAACGUGAUAAAUGUCAUUCAAAACAACAUAUCCUACUAAAUAACUAUUAAUUUGAAUAUUUUUUCUGUAUUAGACUAUCUACUGGUCUUUUUUAAUCAGCUGACUUAAGUUCCUUUUUUAGAAUCAUAGAAUAUGCUGAGUUUCAUGGGACCAAUCAGGAUCACUAAGCCCAACUCCUGGCCCUGUGUAGAACACUCCAAGAAUCACAAAUUUAGUUAAAUAUGACCUUUUGUGGUAAAGUUAAGUUUUCUGUUGAAGAGAAGCUGUUUCUAAAUGACAAGAUGGUUGUACACAUCAGCCAGAAAUACCAUGUGGCUGCAUGAGGAAUGGAAGAGAUUAAUGUGGGCUGUUUUGAAAAUGAUUAUGUUAUUUGAAGAAUUUUAACUGCUAUGAGAAUUUUACCCAGGAAAACAGAUAAUCAGUAAUCACCACAUCCUGCAGAGAAUGGUCAGGCACAUGUAAGCACUUAUGAAAUUUCAAAUUCAAGAGCUGAAUUAGUUUGUAUCAGAAUUCAUAGGAAAGGGAGGAACCUGCAUGUGCUCAGAGUUUGUCAAACAUGACAAACAUUUCCUAUAUGAAAGGAAUGCACGGUUUAGAAAAUCCACUCAAAGCUAGAUUUCACUAAGCUCAGCAGCCUCUAACUGUAGAGCAUUCAGUGAGAAGACAUACAGUGUAUUUAUCGGAACUUAUUUUUCUAAAAAUGCAAAACUGGAGUUGAAAUUUAUAAAAAUCUACUGGAAAAUUGAUAUUUCUCUUUGUUUUGUUUUGCUUUUGUUUUUUUCAUGAAGUGCUUAGUAGAAUUCUGCUCACAAUUUAAGCUGAUGUCGUUUUACCACUCUAGCAGUAAGAGAUCUGCACUUUGUAUAACAUCCUUAAUGUGAUUGGUCUUUGCUCAGAUGAUUGUUUGCAAAAGCUGUUUAUCAGUAAAUAUUCCGAAUGGUGCCUUGCUAUCACUCAAAUUUUAUUUAGAAAAAUUACAACCAAACUAUAUUUAAAAUGAAAGGUUACUCAAAAUAACUGUAUAAGGUCAGAUAUUGAUGGUAUGGGAAGAGGUCUUUUUAAAUUAGAAGGAAAAUGUCUUAUUCAGUGAACCAAUGCUAUAUUCUAGUUAGUUCUUAAAUCUAUGCUUUUUUAAUUUUUCAGAUGUGUAAGUUAAGAUACUUGAGCUUUCAUGGCUGGUUUUGGUGUCAAACUAACUUUCAGGUACUGAUUAAAAAAAAACAAAACUAAAGAAAGUGAGAAAGUGAACUUACUGAAGGAAAUUUAUUCCAUUGAUUAUUUUACAUUUAUUAAGUAUUCCAAAGUAACUUCUGACUAAGCAGAUGUCAAAUCAUAAAGUAAAAUCUUCCAUAGCCUAAGAUUGCUCAGGACUUGUGGCAAAGAGAAUAAACAUCUUUGCAGCAAAAAAUUGGAAUUUUACACAAUUAUAACAGACUGUAGAAAACCUUGCUGACUCAGAUGUUGGCUGGAGGAACAACUGCAGAUGUUCAAGGCAGAUACUUGCACCUGGUGCUGCUCUCUGUAAGGCACUGACUGGGAGCUCUGCUGAAGCAAAGGACUUAAUUCCUUAGAGCAUCUUCAUAAACACAAACAAAACCAUUGAAGAUGGAAGAUGACAGCAGUGAACUCUGCUCCAAAGGGAGACAGGUAAACCCUUUCUAUGUAUUGAUGCAGUCUUUUGAAAUGAGGGGAAGAACAAGAAUAUUUCACUUCAUAGGUGAUCGAUUAGCUGAGUUAAGGAGACAAUGAUGCAGCUGUUUGAGAAAAGCAUGGACUGUGUAUUUUGUGUACCUCCUCAUGGCAAAUAAUUCUUUCUCAGCACUUACGCUUGUGAGAUUUUUCUUUAAGGUUAUUCAGUAAGUUCUGCUGUCAUUUGGAAAACAAUGAGGAUAUUUUAAGUUAUAUAUACUGGUGAGACUUACCACAGUCCUGUGCAGUAGAGAAGAGAGGCAAUUUGGCAAGAUGAGACACUGAAGUUCCUGCAAUUUGCAGAGUUACAAUGUGGGCUUCCACUCCUGGGAUGCAAGGUGGGAAUUGUUAGUAUGCAACUGCAGAGGAUUAAGUAGCCACUGGCUUACAUAACUCACCACUGAACAUGCAGGCCUCUCUGCUGUUACGCCAACCUCCAAAAAGAGAAGUAAAUAGCAAGGUUAGGUAUUCAUGUGUCUUAUGCUCAGGAGACAUUGCUGCACUGAGAAAUCAGAUAAUCAGGCAUUUCUUCUGAAACAUCAUCUUUUCUUGCAGUUCUAACCAUCCACAGACAUCUUGCAGAUUCCUCCCCUUCUAAACACUUGAACAUCUCCAUUGCUGUGAGCUGCAGUUGCUUUACUAAUUCCAUUGAGGCUCCCUCAUGACAUUCCUUUGAUGCAAUGCUGAAGGGUUUGUUGCCCUGGGGAAAUCUUGAGUAGCAUCAAUUUGCCAUUAAUUUGUCCUGUGUUGUACCUAGUUGCUGGUAUUGAAUUCCUGUUAAAAAUUGUUGUGACUUCCAGCAGAGUCACGUCUGCUGAAGGGUCCUUAGAACAGGUCUAGGUUAUUCUAACAUAUCCUGUGGAGCUCUGGCAGUCUCACAGCUACAAUUCACCAUCUUUUACACCUUACUGGACUGCAGAACACAGGUUGUAAUUCCACAGUUUUACCUAUUUAACAAAACAAUACAGUGUGAGUAUUCCCAACUCUACCCAGCUAUAAAUUCUAUAAAUAUGCAGAUAACAUAUUAUGUGUUCAAAACCAGUUAACAGUAAAAGCUGUUUAAUUCAAGAAUUCCUAGACCUGCCAGCAUAGCUUGGAGCAGCAAUGGUACUGCAAGAGAGAACACCAGCAUCUCCUUGGAAAUGGCUUGCUGCAGAUGCUCCAGGCAGUUGGAGGUCUCUGGCUGGAGACAAUGAGAUUAAGAGAAAGAAAAGGGACCAAAACCAUUUUUUUUUGUACAUCUCAGCUCAAGUUGUUUCAGUACGAGGAAUGCUUUUAAAAGCAGCAGAAUAUAGCAGUUUUUGUAAAAUUGCAUUGUGUUCAAUUAAUGUAAAAUUUUGUACACCACAACCUUAAAAUCCUUGCCAAGUGCCUGCUGUCAAUUAGUCUGCAACCAAAUUAGGCAGUUAUAGGAGCACUGGAAAAGUGAGCUUGGAAUAUGCAUUUUCUAUAAAAUAAACAUAAAAAUGGAUUUUGAGGAAUAACAAAAGCAUCAAUAUAUUAAAUUAUAGAAAAUAUAGAUAUAUCAUAUAUCAUUAAAUAAUAAUAAAAGUAAUUAAAUACUUUUUAUAUUAUAGUUAAAAUGAAGAGGGAGAACACAAGCAUAUCUUAUUACAUUAUUACAAUUUUUAGUCUCAAUACUUCUGUCAGCCAAGUUCCAAAAAAAGACACUGUUCAAAUAUGAAUAUAUGUUAUAGAUUCAUUUUUUCAGUGAAUUUACUUCACUGUAGAAUACUUACCAGUGUUUAAUUAUUUACUAGUAUUUUCUCUUAUUAAAUACAUAUCUAAACAAA